UUGCAAGUCUUCCCCUCCCUUUCCGAAGAAACGCACCCUUCUUGUACACAUCAACAGCCUGAACCCACAAGAAAAAGGGCAAGAAACCAAAACAGAUAGCCCACCAUGCGUCCCCUUACGGAAAAGGAGACCGAGACCCUCUUCAACAAGCUGGCUAGCUACAUGGGCAGCUCGCUCAAGAACCUCAUCGCCCCGCUCGACAACGGCCCCGAGCCGGACCGCUACGUCUUCCGCAUGAUCCGCGACCGCGUGUACUACGUGCGCCUCUCCGUCGCCAAUCUGGCAACCAGCAUCGCCCGCGAGAAGCUUCUCAGCAUCGGCAUCUGCUUGGGCAAGUUCACAAAGACUGGCAAGUUCCGUCUGCACGUCACCGCCCUUCCGGUUCUCAGCGAGCACGCAAGAUACAAGAUCUGGGUCAAGCCCAAUGGAGAGAUGCCCUUCCUGUAUGGUGGCAACAUCGUCAAGGCCCACGUCGGCCGCUGGUCCGAAGAUUGUCCGGAACACCAGGGCGUCAUCGUCUUCUCCAUGGACGACAAGCCCCUCGGCUUCGGCGUCACCGCCCGCUCGACGGCCGAGGCGCGCCGUCUCGACCCCACUGGUGUUGUGUGCUUCAGGCAAUCCGAUUGCGGCGAGUACCUGCGUGACGAAGAUACCCUCUUUGCCGGUUAAACGGGUUUUGUUUUGUGUGUGAAGGAACGGAGGAGGACGGGAGGAAGCCGGAAUGCCGACUCUGCUUCUGGCUUCUUUGGGCAUAUUAUUUUAUGUUGUACAUCUUUGGGACGGCGUUUUUCGGUUUACCAAAAAAAGAGAGUCAGAAGACGCGGUGGGGCAUUUUGACGGCGUUUCUUGUUGGUCAUCAGCAGUCUUGUUCUUUCGGUCGAUGUUUUUAGCUGGGGGACUACGCUGGUACUGCCGGUGGCCUUUCGCUGCCCCCCCCCCCCCCCCCCCCCUCGACUAGUACUAUACAACCACCUGAAGGAUCCACGCAGUGGUUU